UGAAAUAUUUGGCGUUUGAUCACAUUCAUUUCCAGACCCAUAGCUUAGAAUGUUAGAAUGCCUCCAGCCUCUAUCGCAAUGGGACUCUCCAGACCCCCAAUAAACAAACCCACAUUGAUCCCAGCAACAGCCGAUAGCAACCCAACUGCAAACACAAGCCAUUUCCAUCCAAGCGAGACUGACGGGACACGACCUGUCGCUUUGCCUCUGGUCUUUCAGCAACCCCCUGCAUAUUCUAGCCCUCCCAGCCGCAUGCCGAUCGCGCGCCCGGAAUUUGAGUCUCAUUUCCGUGCUUCCAGGAUGUCCUUCCUGGCUGACUGGAUUGUGCGCCUGACUCAGCCCUUGCCCUGAGCCCUAACCGAUUAUACUGUAGGUACGGAGUACGGGGUACGGAGACAUGUUGGUUGAUGCCUUACGGUGUCAUUCAAUGCAUGCUGGAGGGAUCAUACUAGCCCAAACAACCCGCUGUACAUUCCCACAUGGUUUGGAUCAUGGAAUUCUCAGCCUAUCGUUUGGACCAACCAUGGAUUCAGAUAAUACUGCUACGGAGACAACAGAUUCUGCAGGUUUCCGCCCGCCAGUCGGAUCGUGAUG